CACACCCGGAGAGAGAGGGAGAGACAGAGAGAGGGAGGGAGCGAGCGGGAUACACCCCCUCCUCACUCUUCAUCGUACUUCUUCUCCGAGACAGGAUAUCCAGAUAUGGAGGCCAACAGUCAUUUUGAAAGCACUGCUAAACCCACCAUUCCAAACACCUCAGGACUGAAACAGCUGCCUCAAUCUGUGGAACCAGUUUACAUAUCCAGCUCUCUUGUGAGGUUUCCUCAACAAGCAAAGGGACUGAAUUGCGACAUGCCAGUCAAUGGCAGAAUAUCUCCACCGAUGUCCACUAAUGCCAAUGGAACGUUGGAUCCCAGUACCACCCGCCAUCCUGUAUCCAAUAACUAUGACUACCUCUGGAAAUUCACCAAGUCCCCCCUACUUAAAGACUGUCAUGGACUCGGCCAGUAUCAAGUGAAUGGUUCAACCUCUCCGGUGACCAAUGGCCCCUCCUGCAAGGCAAGCUUGCAAGAAACUUGGGAGAACUGCGCUAGCAGCCCCGCUGCUUCUCUCAGCUUCAGCGGUCAGGGUUUGUACAACUUCAGUGAAGCUUCCGUAAAGUUGGCAGCUGCAGCAAAUGGAACAAAUCUUGACUACUUGGAGUCAUCUCGACCAGUUCCCUUACCAGCACCCAGUGUGCAGUCUUUUCUUACCUCCUCGAAUGAGAGGAAACAAACGGAAACAAUGGGAUCAAAUACAAGGGAAGAAGCAAAAACGGACUCAGGGCUAGUGGAGGCAUUGAAGCCAUGUGAUGUGCAAGCAGAUUUAAGAAGUCACUGUAAUGGAGCAAAUGUAGCAUUAGCACCUCUCUGUCAGGCAACAUCCAGUAUACUUCCUCCCCCUGAAGUAAGCAAUUUGGAUGACCCAUCCCAGCUUCCAUCCCAUCUCGAGGGUCCCCAUCUUCUCAACUCUGAUUCUCUGAAGCCUUUUGGAAUAGACCUUGCGCAAGAUCCCGGCAGCUGCGCCUUCUAUGAUGUGGAGAUCCAGCAGCAAGAUAAGACGCAACAGGCCGCGCAACCUAGCUUGGACUCCUCGCCAUGCUCCAACCCUAGUGCGUUUCCAGUCCUAACAGAAAACCGUCAAAAAGUUUCUUUGUUUAAUGCUGCUUCCCCUGUUGUUGGAGAGUCUGUCAGAGACAGUGCAUCUGGCAUGGCUGAGGAUGCCGAGGUAAACAAGGAUGAGGAACCGCAUCCGUCCCCAGUGAACACCUCCCAAGAUCAAAUGGUCACAGAAAAGAUCUGCCCUGAGCCAAUAUUUGCCCAGGAACCAGAGGAGGAUGAAUUAGAACCUGGGGAAAUAAAAGGUAAUGCUUCGCGGAGAAGGAUGGCCACAGCUGAAGAGGUGCGUCUUCCGCUCUUGCAUGGCUGGAAGAGAGAGGUCAGAAUUAAGAAAGGAAGCCAUCGCUGGCAAGGGGAGACCUGGUACUAUGCCCCUUGUGGGAAGAGGAUGAAGCAGUUCCCUGAAGUCAUCAAGUAUCUGUUAAAGAAGCCUGAUCCCAUUGUCCGCAGAGAGCAUUUCAGCUUCAGUCCCAGGAUGCCUGUUGGAGACUUUUAUGAGCUUCGGGACACAGCAGAGGGCCCACAGUGGGAACUUCUGAAUUCUGAGGAAAUCCCCUCCCGGAUUUUGGCCAUCACAGGAAAAAGAGGGCGUCCUCGCAAUAUGGAAAAAGCCAAAUUAAAAGAAAACAAAGUGAAAAGAGGAAGGGGACGGCCUCCAAAAGUGAAGAUGAUUGACUUGCUUAGCAAGCCCGAUGCUAAACUCCUAAGAAAGUUGGAAAACCAAGAUAUUCUCAGUGAUGUGGAAAAAGUGCAGCUAAGUAAAUUGAGGAAGAAGAUGAGAAGGAAGGCUAGAAAUCAAGAAGCUAAACUUGAGGCUGCAAAGAAUUUAAAGCUCAAGGAAAAGAAAGAUAAAGAACAAAAACAAAAGGCCAAGGCGAUUACACAGGAGCAAGAGAAGAACAAAGUGAAGAGGAGGCCCAAGGAAAAAGCCAAUGCAACUGUCCACAAACCCGAUCGAAAACAGCUAGCUCAACAGCGUCGCCUGGAGGAACGCAAGCGACAGCAGUUUAUGUUGGAGGAACUCAAGAAGCCCACAGAAGACAUGUGUUUAUCUGAUCACCAGCCGUUGCCGGACUUCCCACAUGUGCCAGGUGUGGUUCUGCCCAGCAGUGCCUUUGCUGACUGCUUCACUACUGUGGAGUUCCUGCAAACCUAUGGCAAGGUUUUGGGAUUAGAUGGAACAAAGGACAUCCCCAGCCUGUUCACCUUGCAGGAGGGCCUGUUCAAUGUUGGGGACAGUUUGGGAGAAGUGCAAGACUUGCUGGUGAAACUCCUGCGGGCAGCAAUGGUGGACCCUGGACUACCUCCAUAUUGGCAGUCUCUAAAGAUUUUGGGUGAAAAAGUCUCUGAAAUCUGCCUGAACCGGGACAAUGCAUCUGAAGCCCUACGACUCUUCCUGGAAGCAUACGGUGGAGACGGUGAACUAUGUGAAAGUCUGCGCACUUGUCCAUUUCAAGCCCAUCCGCCUUUCACCAAGGCUGCAGUUCUUGCUUUUCUUGUGAAUGAACUGAACUCAAGCAACCUCAUUAUCAAUGAAAUUGAUAAAACCUUGGAGAACAUGUCUCACUACCGAAAGAACAAGUGGAUCAUUGAGGGAAAACUUCGCAGACUAAAAUUUGCACUGGGUAAAAGAACUGGCACUCCGGAGACUCGGGUAAUUAAUGUCCCAGAGGGCUGCAGGAGGCGCAGUGCACGGAUUACUGAUGAGAAUGAAGAGCAGGAGGGUGAUGAGAGUGCCCUGCAACAGUUGGGUGUGAUUGAAGAGGAGGAGGUGGCAUCUUCUUUAAGCGUUGUGGAACUUGAAAGGCAGAUUGAAAAGCUCACAAAGCGGCAAAUAUUUUUUCGGAAGAAGAUUCUUAGUUCCUCACAGAGGCUCCGUUGUGCGUCAUUGGGACAAGACCGUUACUGCAGGUUCUACUGGCUGUUGCCACAUUUAGGUGGUAUAUUUGUGGAGGGUUCACAGGGAAGUGCUGGGCAUACUCCAGAGAGUGAAGAUACUCUGUUACCAUUGAAGACUGAAGAAGCUGAAAUGAUGGAGGCCAACUCUUUCAGUUCUGCCAGUCGCACGCGGGGUCGGCAACGGAAGCCCGAAGCGGCUACAGAGUUUCCAUGCAAGUCUUGUAACUGUGCACAGUCUCAGGGAAGCCCAUCAAAUGAUCUUGUUGAGUCAAGGUCCCUGAUUGCACCUGUUUCUGGGAGCCAGCAGGACUUAAACCAAUCUGCAUUUAUGUCUUGGUUGAAUCAGAACCAAACAUUGCUGAGUAGCACUGUACUAACGCCUGAGAGCAGCCCACCUCAUACUGAAGCAACACCGACCAUUCCCAGUGGGCCCAAUGCAGACGAUACGGGUGCCACUGAGAAACAAGGCCAGUUGGUCAACAUAAUCCCCAGAACUCCUUGCACUGAUUCCUCUCGUGAACGUUUAUCCCAACCAGACAGCCUCGUUUCUGCACUGUAUCCUCAAGGAGCCACCCCUCCAAUGCAGGUUAAUGGAUUCCCAGAGGAAGGGCAGCAACCAUUAGCUGGCACGCCACUGCCGCCUUCUUCUUCUUCCACUCCCUGCCUUAUUUGCGGUAAUCUUCAGAAAAGUGAUAAUCCUCAGAGUGUCAAUCCUGCCCAUGUCUCUGAAAAAGAGAAGCGCAGGGGACGGCCACCGAGCAACUUCUUUAAAGAAAUAGAGCAGAAGUAUAACAGCCAGCUCAUAGAGAGGCCUAUUCCAGCUGACAUGAAGCAGAAAUGGUGGUGGAUAAAGGACCCAGCGAUGAUGGAAUCCAUGCUCAAAGCUCUGCACCCUAGAGGCAUACGGGAGAAAAACUUGCACAAACAUCUCACAAAACAUUUGGAGCACCUCAAGGAAUUUUGUUCUCGGCCAGCCAGUGGUAAGACGUCUCAUAAAAAUUCAAUCUUCAGCUUCAACCCCACCGAAGGAAAUCCUGUGAGCCAGGAGACACUGGACAAGUGGUCAGUUACAGAUUGGACAUUCCAGGUGGACCUGUCAAUUCUGCAGUGGGUGGAGGACUUGGAGCAACGGGUUUUAAUGUCUGAUCUACAGCAAAGGGGCUGGACACCUCCAAGUUUAGACUCUGUUCGGAGUGAUCUGAAGUAUUUUGAACACCAUCUAGAGGCUACUGAUGAUAUUACAGUGAAGGUGAAAAAAGAAGAGCCCCUUUACAGAGAACCAUGUAACCCGUUGGAUCUAGCAGUACUGCGGCUUUUGGACCUCGAGCAGAACGUUGAGAGAAGAUACCUUAAGGAACCACUCUGGGUGUUGAGUGAAGUCCAACAUGAGAAGGCUGUGCUCACAGACCCAGAGAACCCUCUCUCUACCACCGAGAUUGAAUACAGUAUUACACCACGCCUAAGAUUGUGGCGACAGACACUGGAAAGAUGUCGAAGUGCUGCUCAGGUAUCGCUGUGCCUACAGCAGCUGGAGAGGUCUGUGGCCUGGGAGAGGUCCGUUAAUAAAGUGAUUUGCAUAGUUUGUCGGAAGGGAGACAAUGAUGAAUUCCUGCUGCUGUGUGACAACUGUGACCGUGGCUGCCACACUUACUGCCACAGGCCACGAAUGAUGGAGAUUCCAGAAGGUGACUGGUUUUGCCCUACCUGUGUCUCAUUGCAAGGUGAGUUCAUAAAAUCCUAUGGCUCUUCUCGGCGGGCUAAAAAACCCAGGUUAUGCUUCCAAGAGGAUGACAGCCCUUCAAAAUCAUCAAGGCGACGAGAUCAGGCCACAAUAUCCCAAUACUCACUGGGUGAUGCUCCACUUUCAAAGCGACGGCGCAUUGUUACAAGGAGCCAUGGCCCUGACUUAACCUUUUGCGAGAUAAUCUUAAUGGAGAUGGAGUCACACGAUGAUGCGUGGCCAUUUUUAGAACCUGUGAAUCCACGGAUUGUGCCUGGCUAUAGGAAAAUAAUCAAAAACCCUAUGGACUUCUCUACAAUGAGGCACAAACUUCUGAAUGGCAAGUACUCCAGCUGUGAAGAAUUUGCGGAGGAUGCUGAGCUGGUGUUCAGCAAUUGCCAGUUGUUUAACGAGGAUGACUCUGAAGUGGGGAAGGCCGGCCUGGCCAUGAGAAAGUUCUACGAAAGCCGCUGGGAGGAGUUCAGUCAGGAACGCAACCAGGGUGCACUUUGAGUGAGACAAGAAUUGUUUGCUCUCUCAAUCAACCAUGUUUGAGCAUCUCUGCAUCACUGAAAACGGGUUCAGCCCCUUGGUUGUCAUUUGAGCUCUUAAGGUGCUGCUUUUCGCGUUGAGGGCAGCUAUAUUGCAACUCAGAGGUUAAUAAAAUAUCUUGAACCGGACCUCCUCACCAAAUCUCAUCUGGAUCCUUUUAAAUGUUGUCGUUGCUUCUAUUUACUUGGUGAAUAGAGCCCCAGGAAAUCAUGAAGAAAUGUGUCGCACCAAACAAAGCGGGGAAGUGGAGCAUCAAGCAGUCUUAUGUGUGCCCUCCGGCAUAGUGCAUUUUACCCUACUGCCAAGGGCAUCAUCGUGUACAUACAUUUCAGAAAACAAACUACAUGAAGCACAUCAGUGCACAGGAAACCAUGCUACUGGAGUGCACAUGUACGCGUGGCACAAUGCAAUCCCGAGUGUUUUACAUAUAUUACUUUCCUACAUGUACAUUAUGUGCAAAAUUGGAUGGGACUAAUGAUUCUAUUUACAGAUCUACAUGAUUAAGAGGGUAUGGGCACCCGAUGCUACCUAAUGAGUAUGCAUUUAUGUACUACUAUAAUACUUUGGAAAAGUAUGUCACAUGAUGUGAUCUCUUCCACAUAGAUGUACCACAUGUAACAUUUGAAAGCCACUCACUUCUUGCCUGCUGUCCUUAGUUAUAUUGGCAGAGUAAAAAGUGAGUGAUAUUUAAUAGCAA